AUGGCAACGGAGACGGCGACUCAGGUCGAGGGCCCGGUGGAGGUCAUCAGCAAACCAGUGGCCGAGAAGAAAUCUAAGCCGGCGAAGGAGAAGAAGGCCCCCGCUCCAAAGGUUCCCAAGGAGAAGAAGCCCCGAGCGGCCAAGCCUGCUCCUCCUUCUCAUCCGACCUACUUUCUGGUAUUGGCCUCCCCCUUCCUCCGGUGUUGUGUCGGCUUGUAGUUCGUCUUCCGUAGAAAUAUGCUGAGUUCCGCUUCCUUCGCGCGUCGAGCUCAGAUGAUCAAGGAGGCGAUCCUGGCGCUCAAGGAGAAGAGCGGAUCAAGCCCUUACGCCAUCGCCAAGCACAUGGAGGAGAAGUACAAGUCCGCUCUCCCAGCGAACUUCCGGAAGAUAUUGACGCUCCAACUGAAGAACUGUCUCGCUAACGGGAAGAUCGUCAAGGUAAAGGGAUCCUUCAAGCUGUCCGAGGUGGGAAAGAAGACAGCCGUGGUGAAAAAGGUUGUUACGUCCGGCAAAGAGAAGAAGCCCAAGGCCCCAGCGGCUAAGGUCAGCAGGCCGAAGGUCAAACUUGACGCUGAGAAGAAGAGGAAAGUAUCAACUCCUACCAAGACGAAGGCCGGGAAGUCAGCGAAGACCGGAGUGAAGAAGUCGAAGAAGACCACCCCUCUGAAGCCCAAGCAGCCAAAGUCGAUCAAAUCCCCUGCCGCCAAGAGGGCGCGGAAGGUCAUAGCGGUCUAA